AUGUCUAUUUCUCAGGCGGAUACUGAAACAAUUUAUAGUGACAGCAACGGCACAACAGAUGGGGUGGAACUUGAGAGAGUUAUAGAACAAGACAAUUUACCAGGUCCUAGUUUCACCCAAAAAAAAAAUUUACCAGGUCCAAGCUGGCAAAAUGCGGAUACUUCUAAUGAUGUUUCAUCAGGUUUGGAGGAAUUAGAGGAAACACUUCGUAACCUAAUACGACCCUCAUUGCCAGAAUUCGACCUAAAAACAUUAUUACAAACUUCUCCUUUGGGAAAUUCAGUAUUACAAUUUUAUAAUGCUAAUGGCUCAUUGGACCAAAAGAGGCGAAACAGACUUGUGGAUAUUAUGAUUAAACAUAUAUUCAAUCAUAUAGUGAAACAAAGUUUGAUCCCACUAUUCAUUGACAGCCUGUAUAAUGGAGUAAAUGACCUCCACCCUCCACUAGAUUCCAAGAUUACGACACAAAUAACUCUUCUUCCACACCUCAUACCACCAAAAGGGCGAACGGUCAUAGAAAAGAAACACUGGAAGUUUUCGACUCAAGAAAGUGUUGAAAGUCUGGUGGUGCUCGUUAAGAAUCCUGGUGAUAUAGAGAAAACUAUAGCCGAACAAAAAGAAAAGUCAUUAAACAAAAAACAAACGGUUCAGCCAUAUAUCCUGGUAGAUGGCCCUGACCUGAUAAAUUUUAGAAGAAUAUUCUUGGUUGUGGAUACUUUAAGGUACCAAUUUGAUUGCCCUAAAAAAGCAUUUGAUAUUUUAUUUAAGGCCUAUCACGUAUUUAAGGCCAAGUAUCCUCUACCUGGAGAACAUAUUUAUUUGCUUAUACAAAGGUGUAUCUAUAAGAUCAAAACCAAGUAUAAUAUUAUUCAGCCAUAUGUGCUGAAUAUUUUACAACAAUUAGAAUACUGUUUUAUAUUAUUUUUUUAA